UUCCAGGGCAGUGAGUCUUAGACCUUUAUAUUUCCUGGUCUAAAUGAAGCCAGUUCAGAAGUGUGAAAGAUAUUACAAUCUGAAAAAUGUCAUCUCAUGGUUCUGCUGGGGACAAGAAAUAUGAAGAACAGAAGGAUUUUACUGCUGGCCUGAUGUUACUAGCCACAACAAAGAAUGGAAAAAUUUGCUCACUGAAUCGUAACCUAUUCGAGAGAGAGCUGCAAAGAAUAGAGACAGGAAUUCAGCAGCUUGAAUCAAAGAUAGGCCAGUUGAAUGACUGGAAGAGCCCUGGAAAAAAGCUGAAGGAACUGAGAGCAGAGAAGGAAGAAGCAUUCAAAAAAGAGAAGACUGUGGUUGAAGAACUAGCUACCCUAUCUCCUGUGAUAAAUACUAAACGUGACCAAAUGAUGCACAUUCAAGGCCAGCUUCAGUACAAACAAGAAGAUAAGAUAGCUGAGGCCAUCUAUCGAUUAGAAGUGCAGUUAAGGAAUCACAACUUCUCACUCAGGGAAGAGAAAAAGAUUGUGGCAGAGAUAGACAAGCUCAACCGUUCAAGGCGGGUCCUUCGUGAGUUCAUGAAAUACAAGGAUGAAGUGGAUGCACUGAGAGAACAACAGAAGAAAAUGCGAGAGAAGCGAGAUAUCCUGUAUCAGCAGGUGACACGUAUCAGAACUGAGGAGCAAGAGAUGAAGAAAAGAGCUGAGGACAACAGAAAGGAGAUGGAGUUAUUGAAGAAAGAGAGACUGUCAGCUAAUACAAAAAAACCUAAGAAUACCAGGAAGGCCAGUGCGACAAAAAAGCCUUUACCACCAAGAGUGCAGGGACAGAAACCGUCCGUCCGGAAGACACCGAAACCGACCGUCCGGAAGACACCGAAACCGACCGUCCGGAAGACACCGAAACCGACCGUCCGGAAGACACCGAAACCGACCGUCCGGAAGACACCGAAACCGACCGUCCGGAAGACACCGAAACCGUCCGGAAAGAAGACAUCGAAACCGGCCGGAAAGAAGACACCGAAACCGUCCGGAAAGAAGACACCGAAACCUUCCGGAAAGAAGACACCGAAACCGGCCGGAAAGAAGACACCGAAACCGUCCGGAAAGAAGACACCGAAACCUUCCGGAAAGAAGACACCGAAACCGUCCGGAAAGACUAGAAAACCGUCCGGAAAGAAGACACCGAAACCGUCCGGAAAGACUAGAAAACCGUCCAGAAAGACUAGAAAACCGUCCAGAAAGACUAGAAAACCGACUAGAACGACAAAGGUGUAUGCUACCGAAAAUGUCCCAACUGAUGCCCCAAAGAUAGACCCUACUGACGCCCCAACUGAAGCCCCUACUGAAGUCCCCACUGAAGCUCCCACCGAAGCUCCAACUGAAGCCCCCACUGAAGCCCCCACUGAAGCUCCCACUGAAGCCCCAACUGAAGACCCUACCGAAGCCCCCACUGAAGCUCCCACCGAAGCCCCAACUGAAGCCCCUACCGAAGCCCCCACUGAAGCUCCCACCGAAGCCCCAACUGAAGCUCCCACUGAAGCCCCUACCAAAGCCCCCACUGAAGCUCCCACCGAAGCCCCUACAGAAGCCUCCACCGCUUCAACUGACAAUAGCGCCUCAACCGAUAAUAGCACCUCAACCAACAACAGCACCUCAACCAUCAAUAGCGCCUCAACCGCCUAUAGUGCCUCAACCGACAAUAGCGCUUCAACCAACGGAAACGCCUCCACUGAUGGGAAACCCUAG